AUGUCAGCUUCCUUCCAGACAGUACCUGAUCAUGAUACAGUACCUGAGUCCCCCCAAGAUCUGCUAAACAAGUUCCUGAUUGCAAAGGAUGUCAGUCCUAUCAAGCACUCCCUUACGAUACCCUGGGAAGAGGCCUCUGAAAGAACAAAGCGAGGCUACAUAAGAACAGCCAAACAAGUGGUUGAAGCCUGUUUGGAAGAAAUAGCGCCAAAUGACUCUGAUAUGCUCUUCCACUCAUUGUACGAGUCAAGUGAAUCUGACAGUACGGUUGAUUCAGCCUUACUCAAAGCAUUAGCAGAGUGCUACAAUAACGCUCAACACUGGAGUACUAGACGGCAAGUGCUAUCUAUAAUGGCAGAUCAAGUAACCUUCAAGCAACUCAAGCAUUUUGUACCAAGUCUUACAAGAUACCGUUAUAACAUUGCACGCCAUCAUCUCUUACUUCAAGGGCAGAGGAGCUGUGCCCCAGGUGGAGAAGAAUACCAGAAUACGCAUUCCACAAGCAAAGCUCGAUCAUUUUCUCUCAUUUUUAACUAGCUCAAAUGUGGUUCAAGAUUUGCCAUUUGGAGAAAAAACUCUUGUCUUAUCGACGAAGGCUGAGAUAAAAGUUCCGAAUGUUAUCAGGGCGAUAAUACCAGAAUCUAUCGUGAAGCAAUAUCAAAGCUACUGCAAAGAAACUGAUUUCCAACCUAUGAGCCGAAGCACUUUGUGCAGAAUCAUGAAAGUAUGUUCGGCAACUGUUCGUAAGUCCCUACAAGGUCUCGACUAUGUCUCAGCCGAUGGCGCUCAGGCUUUUGAUGAUUUGGUAGAGGUAGUACAGAAACUUGGAAGCGACUUUUGCAAAGGUGCAUCGUGGGCAAAUGACAAAAUUGACAAGUUAAAGAAUGUUAAGCGUUAUCUAAAGAGUGAUUACAAGGUAAUUACCAUAAUUUGUGCGCUAUUUGAAAGUGUAAAUACAAUUAUCAGAUGUGGUACUUAGAGAACAUUAAUUUCACGCGAGUCUGAAUGUGUAUACAAUGCUGUUUGAGGACGGACCGCUUUAGGAACACAUAAUAGCAAUCACACAACAUACAAAUGAGAAAGGUUAGUUAUUAGUGACUAGUAGAUGUGCCUGUACUAUAUACAUCCCGAAAAUUUAUCGAGUUUGCACGCCCUUAGCUCAAAUGGCCAAUUAUUAUGUUUCCCGCCUUAAUUUAUUUUCGUUAUCUCUGUUAAAGAAAUUAAUGCUAGAUUGUAAGGAUUUCACAGUACUUUAUGCUAUAAAAUGGCAAAUAGUAACUAGGUGUGGAGAGUUAGCUAUUAACUAUUCGUAUGAUACAUAAAUUCAUUAUAACCAUCGCAAUUAUGCUUACGUUGACCGUUCAUCUGCAGGCUCAUGUGGCAACUGCCUCAAGAAUUGGAGACCAUUGCAGAACAUAUGCGCUCAGUUGUCCUGUCGAUUCUUCUUUUGA